AUGGAGCGCUCCGUCCCUUCCAAGAGUGAGAAGAUGGCGGCGGCGGCGGCGCCGGGCGGACGGGCCGCGGUGGCUGCGCGGCGGGGCCGGCGGCGUCGGGCCCGGGCCGGGCUGGGGGUACCGGAGGAACCGGAGCCGGAGCCGGAGGUGCUGCUGGCGGUGCCGGAGUGCCCCGGGUGCCGGCAGGCUCCGGGGGAGCCGCCCUGCCGCCACUCCUUGUGCCUCGCUUGCUUCCAGCGCUGCCUGCAGGGCCCGGGCCUGCGCUGCCCGCUCUGCCGCAGCCGCCGGGCCGCAUGGGCCCGCACCGAGCCCGCUGCCACGACGGCUGCCGGAGGAGGGGAGCAGCGGCCGGAACAAGACUUUAUAUUCAGAGCACCCAUUAAAUUAAGCAAACCAGGGGAACUCCGAGAGGAAUAUGAAAGCCAGCUAAGGAAGCUGAGAGAAGAGAAACUGCAAGAGGAGAAAGCUCCUGAGGAUCUGAUCCACAAGUUCGUGCUGGACGAUGGGGAUGUAGGGAAAAGAAAAAUGGAAGAGCAGCAGAAGAAAGAGGAAUCUUUAGUGCUUAAAGUGAACCAGGAGUGUUUUCCUGAACGUCUCUCGGAUUCAGAGAAUGAAGAACCAUUCCAGGGCAGGCAGACACAUCGAUCAGCUUUUGUUUCCAAGACCAGUGCCUACUCCUUUGCUUUCCUUUCAGGGAACCUCACCACCAAGGUGGAAAGGAGUCGGAGCUGCAACGACACCAUUCAGGAGAGAUCAAAGAGCAGGCAGAGAUCAGCCCCAGCCAGCAAAACAAAGGUGCCCUCAGUCACCAGCACAUCCACGCCGCUGGCUGGGGUUCUGUCAUCCACCCAGAACAACCGCUGCCUCUCAGCCCCGGACCUGACAGCAGACAAGCGCCUGGUUCUCAACCCUGUUUCCUCCCUCUCAGCCCUGCACAAGCCAGAGCGAUCCAUCAGCCCCGAGAGCAACGACAGCAUCUCGGAGGAGCUCAACCACUUCAAGCCCAUCGUCUGCUCUCCAUGUACUCCACCAAAGAGGCUUCCUGAUGGCCGGGUCCUGAGCCCCCUCAUCAUCAAAUCCACCCCGAGGAACCUGAGCAGGAGCCUGCAGAAACCAACGACCUACGAGGCCAGUCCAAGGAUCCUGAAGAAGUGGGAGCAGAUCUUUCAGGAGCGCCAGAUCAAAAAGACUCUCUCCAAAGCGACCCUCACGUCCUUGGCUUCAGAGCAUGGGGAAGAUGCUGCAGCUCCUGACAUCACCAACUCCAUUAGCUGCAAUAAGGAGCAGCCACACGCACAGGACGGUCACCUUCCCCCCGACACCACAGGAGACCCUCGCCCCGAGCUGGAUUUCUUCCCUUCCAUCAGCGAAACGAAGCUGGGAAGAGGGAAUGAGAAGAGCAGAGAUGCUCAGGCCUUAACCACAGAUGACAGCACCACCGAUGCAGACAUGAGAUCCAACAUCACCUCCCUCAACCCACGAGUGUCCGAGGUCCCUGACCUAAAGGUGAACACCUUCAUGGACAAAUCCUGCCUGAGUCUGGGCUCUAAAGUGCUGGGCAGAAGAGUGCUGGGUGUCAGCACAUCGCUUCCCGAUGGCACCACACUGAAAGCACCGGGUAAGAAGCAGCUGAAAUACCUGAACAGCAGCGAAUUGAUCAAUGUCCAGAACAGCACCUGCAGCUCAGUGGAGAACCUCAUGGGGGAGCAGCCCCCAGCACUGCGCCGGGGCCGCAAGAGACGCUGUAAAACAAAGCACUUGGAGCACAACGGCUCUGUCAAGAGACUGAGGCACCCAACGGGAGAGGUGGGGUUGGUGCCUGACGUGGAGCAGAAGCUCCAGCAAGAGGAGGAGGACAGGAGGUUGGCCCUGCACCUCCAGAGGCUUUUUGACAGCGAGAACAGGACAGUGGAGAGGCGGAAAGUCCGAGUGGAGCGGUACCUGCUGCGCUCCAAGAGCACGCUGGGUGCCAAGUAGGGCAGAUGGACACUGUUGCCUUGCUAGAGGAUGAUGGGGUUGAUCAGAUUAUCCUAUAGGAAACCUAUUUUUGGUCAGACUUCCACCCGCACAGUUGGUUUUCUCCAUUUCGGUGGUGAGAUGUUGGAGGUCCAGUUCAGAGCGAAGCCAGAGUCCUUUCAGCUGAACAGCACCAAGAGGGAUUGAGGGAUAAGCUCCUCGAGUUUUCCUGGUCCAUUGGUCUGAAAGAUGUGUGCAUUGUCCCCGUGAAUACACUGCAAUGUAUAUGCAAUGAGUACCUCUGCAUGCAGGUGGUGACAUUUGGGUUCCCCGGCUAGGAGGGUUGUAUGAGGAGCUCAUCCACUCCUUGCCUUGCUGCUUCAAUAGGCCAAGGGAAAUCAGAGCUCUACUCAUAGGAAGUAGGGUUUUCCCAUCCAAGAAUGUCUUCUCUGCCUGUUCUCUUCCUUACGUUGUGGUGGUCAGGCUGUUACUGAUGUCAGUGUGUUUGAAUGACCCAAGUUAAGGGCUGUCAGAGGGAGGUUGAUCUAUGUGUCUUCUAGGAAGUACUCAACAGAUCCCCCUGUAGUACUUACAAGUGAGUGUACCUCCCUGUGCACCAGCAGCACAGCUCACAGGUUACUUUCUUCAAGUAGAAAGUAGUGAAGAAAGAUUUAAAAGAAGGAUUUUACUGAAAAACCUUAGAGGUUGCUGUGGCUGCCCCAUCCCUGGCAGUGCUCAAGGCCAGGUUGGACACAGGGGCUUGGAACUGGACGAGCUUUAAGGUCCCUUCCAACCCAACCCAGGCUGGAAUUCUGUGACCUUGCACAUUGGUGUUAGUGACACAGCAAAGAGCUCAGGUAGAGCAGUUGGGACCAUGCUCUGGGCACUGUGACCCAGGCAGCAAACGCAGCUUUUCUCCCAUCCCUGCCUCUUCCAAGGCAAGAUUUUCCUGUUCUUCCCACUCAAAUUGAUACCUAGAAAGGGAAACUCCAGCUGGGUGAUUCCAGGAAGGAUUCCUCCCUGCUGCCAUGAGCCUUGCUCAGUUCAGAGAUCCCUCAGCACACCUCAGACCUGUCCUUACUCGUCCAAAAGCAGCCCCAGGGAGGCAUCCCGAGGUCUGUGACGCAUCACCCUCCUCUCCCAGCACUGGAUGAACUGGGAUGGGAGAGCCAGGAAGGGAGCCCAGCACUCCCAGCCUGCAGGCAUGUGGAUGUGGGUGCUCAGGGUGAUGGGAGCCUGCCCUGCCCCUGCUCCCAGCUACCUGUCUUCAGGUUCAAACCACUAAGAGGGCUCAGGUGAGCAAUGCACUAAAGAUUCCCACUUCAAGGCAUGAAGUUGGGCAGCCUGGACUGGAGGUAGCUCGGAGCUUGGACUUGAUGGAGCAUGUGGUGGCCCAUCCUUGGGUUCUUCAUAUUUCCAUCACUCUUUCCCAUCAUCCAUUAUAAUUCCAUUGAUUAUUUCCUAAGCAAUGGAAAUGAUUUGGUAAUUACUCAACAACAAUCAGCUCAACUCAGUACUUGCAGAGUAUUCACUGGGGACCCUCAAUGCCCACAAGGACCUUGUCCAGGGCAGAGGUUGCAGUGUUCACCAUCUGGCUGACCCAUGGGCUGGGUGACAAGGGGUGUUUUGGGGAUGGAGCUGAAGCACAGUGCUGGGGAAAGCUCACCAUGAUCCCAUGGUGUGAAGGGAGGAGAGCCGAGUGUGUUCCAGCAGAUGGAUCUGAUCCAAGAGAACGGUCGUUGCCCAGUUUCCUUUAGCUAGAAAUAAUGGUUUAAUAUCUCCUUCCACCUUAAAUGGUUAAAGAGAGCAAACAGGAACUGGUUGGCACUGGGACAGGAUGCUCAAGGAAGUGCAUGUCCCAUCCCUGGCAGUGUUCAAGGCCAGGUUGGACACAGGGGCUUGGAGCAGCUGCUCCAGUGGCAGGGGUUGGAA